AUGAAUGAAUAUGAAGAUUUUAUUGAAGCAGAUGAAGAAAAUGAAUUCAAUAUCUAUUUUCAACAUAUUGAACAUGAAGAACAUGAAGUGGAAACUGAAUGGAAUAAAGACAUAAAGAUUUUAAAUAAUAUUAUUAAUAAUGCAAAUUUAGAAUUAAAUGAACUUAAUGAAAACCUUUCAUCUCCAUUGCAAACAUCAACUGUACUAGAAAAAGAGGUUUUAAUUAGAGAAAAGUUAAAUAAAGAAUUGGAAAAAUUAAGGAAUGAAUCAGUAAUUACAGAGAGUAAUUUAAGAAUGGAGAUUAAUGAAUUGAGAUCAACUUUAUCAAAAGUUGAAGAACAAUCAGGAUUAAGAGAGGACAAUUUACGCCAAGAAAUUUUGGGAUUACAAAAGAAAUUACAAAUAACGGAGAUUUCUUUAGAAGAUUCAACAGCAGAAGAAUGGAACAUUGAAAAAAUUCAAGUAUUGAGACAAAUUGAAAAUUUGCAUACUCAACAUACAAGAUCAUUAAAAAAUUGGGAAAUAAUAGAAUCAAACCUUACAUCAAGGUUAAAUGAAAUAGAAGCAAGCCGUCGACAAUAUAAAGAGAAAUAUGAUGAAUUGAAUUCAGAACUUAAAGAAAUGUCUACAAAAUUUCAACAACAAGAAUUAGCAUUAAUAUUAGAACGUUCCCAAAAUUCUAAAUUAUUAACAGAAUUAGAUUAUUUGAAAUCUAAACAAGUUCCAAAAUUAGAAUUACAAAUUCAAGAACUUACUGCUAAAAUUGGUUCAAUUCAAGUUGAAAAGGAUAAUCUGUUCAAAGAGACUAAAGAGAAAUAUGAUGAAGCAAUGAAAAAACUAUCUGAAGAAUUCGAGAAAAGAUUAAAAUAUGAGCAAGAUUUAAGGCUAUUCAAAGAACAGCAACAAGAUGGUAAUAAAAAAAGAAUUAAAUUUGAUACAAUUAGAAGAAAUAAUAUUUCACAGACUUCAUUUAAAUCAAUCGCCCAAGCUCAAGUACCAGAACAAGUAUUGAUGUUGAAUUUAUCCGUCAAGUAUUUAGAAAGUCAAGUCAACACAUUACAAUCUCAAUUAAAUAUUGCUACUAGGAAUAGAGAUGAAUUGGCAAAUGAAUUGGUAAAAUUGACUGUUCAAUUAGAAGAAAUGACAAUUAAAAAAAUGUUGGGAGAGAAAACAGAAAAGGUAGAAGAGCUGCAAGAUAUUAUUGAUGAUAUGAGAGAUGUUUAUAAAAAUCAAAUCACAGAAUUAGCAUCCGAAGUAGAAAAAUAUACAAAUAAAUCAAAUGAACAGAUUAAUAAUUAA